AUGUCGUCGCCGCAGCAAAGGCUCAACUCGGUCGCCAGCCAUCUAUCGGCUCCUGGUGGUGCCAGACAGAAGAUCCUGGCGAAGAAUCCAGAUGACGUCGUUAUUACUUAUCUGGCACGAACGCCGCUCACCAAGGCCCGCAAGGGUGGGUUGAAGGAUACGCCGCUGGACGAACUGCUGGUCUCGCUGCUGUCGACGGUUCGCAAGAAAUCAAACAUCGACCCAAAUCUCGUCGAAGAUGUCUGCAUCGGCAACGUGCUCUGCCCGGGUUCGGGGUAUGUCGCCCGGUCCGCGGUUUUGGCAGCAGGCUUCCCAGUCACCGCGGCGGCCUCAGUCGCCAACCGCUUCUGCUCGUCCGGUCUACUGGCUAUCCAACAGAUCGCCAACCAGAUCAUCGCCGGGUCGAUAGAUGUCGGAGUAGCAGUGGGCGCGGAGAGCAUGAGCACAAACGCAGACGGCGGCGCGCCCGAGAUGUCGGUGCGUAUCACCUCACACCCGAUAGCCUCCCAGAACUCGCAGCCCAUGGGCCAGACCUCGGAGAACGUGGCCACGCAGUUCAACAUUCCUCGCGAGCGACACGACCAGUUCGCGGCGGCGAGUUACCAAAAGGCCGAGCACGCACAGAAGGCCGGGUGGUUCAACGACGAGAUCGUCCCUGUUAAGACCCAGAUUAAGGAUCCCAAGACCGGUGAGGUCAAAGAGAUUGUGGUUGACCGGGACGACGGUAUUCGCUAUGGUACCACCGCCGAGUCUCUUGGGAAGAUCCGCUCGGCGUUCCCGCAAUGGGCGCCCAGUGCCACGACCGGUGGGAAUGCCAGUCAGAUUACCGACGGGGCAGCUGCACUGCUCCUGAUGAAGCGGUCGCGCGCCCAGGAGGUGGGCCAGCCGAUCAUCGGCAAGUUCUGUGGUGCCACCGUGUCUGGGCUGGAGCCGAGAAUCAUGGGCAUUGGCCCUUCUCUUGCUAUUCCCAAGAUUCUGAAUAAGUUCGGAUUGAGCAAGGAGGAGAUUGAUAUUUUUGAGAUUAACGAAGCAUUUGCAUCGAUGGGUGUCUACUGUGUCGGCAAGCUGGGCUUAGAUGUGUCCAAGGUGAAUCCACGUGGCGGUGCUAUUGCAUUCGGUCAUCCAUUGGGCGCUACUGGUGCACGACAGGUUGUCACUGCUCUGUCAGAAUUGCGACGACAGGAUAAGCGAGUCGCUGUGACGUCCAUGUGUGUGGGAACCGGCAUGGGUAUGGCUGGUAUCUUUGUGUCUGAGCAUUAA